AUGUCUACAACAGCCGAUUCUCCUGAAACGCCGCCUGGCGGGUCUCAACGCCAGCGUUCGAAGCCGCCGCGGAUGCUCGCUUGCGUGCUGUGUUCCCAGCGCAAAGUCAAAUGCGACAGGCAACUGCCCUGCUCCAAUUGCAUCAAGUUUCGAGCACAAUGUGUGCCAGCGACGCUUGUUCCGCGCCAGAAGAGACGCAGGUUUCCUGAGCGGGAGCUGCUGGACAGGCUGCGCAAGUAUGAGGAAUUGCUUCAUCAAAACCACAUCGCGUUCGAGCCACUGCAUAAGGAGUCGGGCCGUCAGUCCACCAUCGAGUCAAGCAAGGGCCAUGACUCAGAUGGAGCUGAUACCUUGACGCCCUCAUUGUUGGCCAGGUUCGGAAGUCACUAUGGAGCUAAGAACAUCCUGCACAGUAUGACCCAGAGCCUGGGAGACGACGGCAACAACAGCGACUCGUCGCAGGACGAUGGGGUGCAAGUGAUGGCCAUCAAGGAAGCGUGGGAACAGUCCCCUGAACAUGCUGACCAUCUGCUGUUUGGCUCUAGAGGGGCCGCCGUUGACGUUUCUUCUUUACAUCCAGACACAGUCCAGAUUUUCAGGCUAUGGCAGGUAUACUUGGACAAUGUGAACCCGCUGCUCAAGGUCACACACAUCCCUAGCAUGCAAGGACGCAUCAUCAACGCUAUCAGCCAAAUCACAGCCAUCGACCCUAUUCUCGAGGCUCUCAUGUUCAGUAUAUACUGCACUGCUAUAUUGAGCCUCUCCGAAGAGGAGUGCCAGACCAUGGCUGGUUCUCCAAAGGAACAACUAUUGACGAGAUACCAGUAUGCCUGCCAGCAAGCAUUGCUCAAUUGCGGAUUCCUCCGGACAAACGACCGCGAAUGUCUCACCGCAUUGUUUCUCUACCUGAUCUCUCUCCAACCCAGCGCCGUGCCGCAAUCUCUCCAUUCGAUGCUGGGCGUCGCAAUUCGCAUUGCGCAACGCAUGGGCAUCCACUGCGAGUCAGCUCUUGCGGAUUGCACCGUCUUCGAGGCCGAAAUACGUCGGCGACUGUGGUGGUCUCUCACGCUCUUCGACAGUCGCAUCGGGCAGCUUGCCAGCUCGAAGACAGUAACGCUGGACCCGACAUGGGACUGCAAGAUCCCACUCAACGUGAACGACCCGGACCUCCGACCAGAGAUGAAGGAGCCGCCCACAAUCCAAGGCGGCGCCACCGAAGCCAUCUUUGCCGUCGUGCGGAGCGAAGUCGCUGAUUUUGUUCGAUACAGCGAGUCGCACCUUGAUUUCACCAGUCCAGCUCUGAAGAUCAUUGCCAAACAACACCCCCGGGUCGGUACUACGGCGGAAGCUGCGGACCUGGCGACAAUGGAGGCAGUGAUCCAAGACCGAUACCUCAAGUCUUGCGACCCCGAGAACCCCAUCCACUUCAUGACAAUUUGGACUACACGGUCCAGCUUAGCAAAGUGUCGACUCAUGGACGACUACGUGAAACACUCGGGUCCAAGCUUGCGCUGGACGGGGGAGCAGCGCGAGGCUGCCCUUUCCCACGCGUUGACGAUGCUGGAAUGCGAUACGAGGAUCAUGAGCUCGCCCCUUAGCGGCAGAUUUCGCUGGUUCAAUCACUUCUACUUCCCGUUCCUCGCGUACAUCCACAUCAUCCAAGAUCUGAAACGGCGACCUAUGAGCGAGCAGGCCAGGCACGCCUGGGAAGUCAUGAGCGACAACUAUGAGGCUUGGUUUGGCGCGCUGUUCAGAGAUGGAGAUAGCCCCGUCUUCCAGAUGUUCGCCAAGCUUAUCCUUGGGACGUGGCACGCUUGUGCGACGACCGCUGAGCGAUCAGGAGAGACCUUGGUGCCACCUAGGAUCGUCUAUUUCCUUAAAUCUAGGCUGGCGCAUAUGGGGGAGGCCGCGCUGGCUACCUCUCACACCGAACAGGCAGGCCCCAGUAUGAGUUCGGGAAUGGACGAGUUCUCAGUGUCCAUGGACCCAAUGGACUUCAGUCAUCAGAGCCAACCCGCUAUCACAAAAUUGCAAGGUGGCAACGGAACGAUGGAGUCAGAAAUGUACCCGGGCCCCCAUAUGAGGAACCAGUUGGAAUGGGCUACAUUGGGGGGAUGGCCUGGCUGGGGCAGCUUCUGA